AUGGAAACCGACGGCCAGAAACGAAGCUCAUCAAACUUUAGAAAAGUUCUUCACACAAACGCACACAUCGCACGUACCACACAUCUAUCUUUUCAAAAGAACAUAUUCGUGAACGAUUCUCGAACGUCGUUCUCGCAAGUUUCGAUUCGCGUCUCUCAUCGUUGGUUCUUCGCGCGCGAUUGGAAAAGGGAAAAAUUUUAG